UGCAAUAUGGUCUGUGAAGCUUAACUGAUGAUCCAUCACAACUCCUAGGUUUCUGGCUGUCCUGGAAGGAGUUAUGGUUGAGUAUUGUACAUAUCCUGUAGCACUGAGUGGAGAUGUUGCUGUGUCUCACUAGAAGAGCUCAAUGAGGAGGUUUCAUGAGUGGUUUUGUAGGACAAUAGUCUAAAGCCAGAAUGGCUCUUUGUUUCAUUAAAAAAUGAUGAUUCCUGUCAUGUUUCAUGUCCGUUCUGCAGGCAGUGCUCUUGAUAUCUCAGAUGUGACUCUGAUCAAUCCGGACCCAAUCGUGUCCUCUGUGAACUCGCAGUCUCUCCUGUGUGUGAGCAGUGACUGGACUGUUUCUGGCACCGGAUCGCUGAGUUUGGGCCACGAGUAUCCCGAUCAGGAAGCUCAUAUCCUGAGCACUGAACCGGACAGAAGCCACCACUCCGCCGCUAAAGUCACGUGGAUGUCCCACAAUCACACCUUUGGAGGAUUUUACUGCCAGCUCAAAAACUCUAACAGAAGUAAAAUCUACACCUACAAGAUGCUCCAUGAAGCUGCUUUCCUUCCUGAAUCUCUGACAAUCACUGUUAAUGAAGGUGAAGACGUUAACAUCUCUUACUCAAGAAAGACAUAUUUACCAGAGGAUACAGUCAUCUAUAAAAACGGAGAUUUUGAACACUCUUCACCCAAAGAGGACAUGAAUGUAAUUAAUUACACAAUAAUCAAUGCAAAAGCCCAAAGUCAUGCUGGAGUAUAUGCUAUCCGUUACAUUUCUGAAGCUCCAUUCAGCUCAGCAAUAACCCGACUGAUCGUCAGGAGUUGUAAGGCUGGUUUGUGGGGCGCAGAUUGUAUGAAAUCAUGUCUGCCCUGCGCUAACGGAGGUGUGUGUGAUGAUGUAACGGGAGAAUGCAUCUGCCCUCCAGGGUUUAAAGGGCCCACCUGUGAAACAGUGUGUGGUGAGGGCCGCUUCGGCCGGAGCUGUAAGGAGCGCUGCGUGGACGGAGUCUGUCGUUCUCUGCUCUUCUGUCUCAGAGACCCGUACGGCUGCUCCUGUGCGUCCGGAUGGAGGGGCUUUAAAUGCAGCGAGGCCUGUCCGGAUGGUUAUUACGGUGCCGACUGUAAACAGAAAUGUGAGUGUAAACUGGGGAAAUGCAAUCGCUUCAGAGGAUGUGUGUGUGAAGGCAGGCACGGAGCUCGCUGUGAGAAACCAGACACGAGACCUGUUAUUGUGAGCAGUCUGAGAGACAUUGAGCUCAACUCGGGUGUCAGAUACACAGUCAACUGCUCUGCAUCAGGUAGACCCGCUCAUUUACACGAGGAAAUAGCCCUGGUCAAACCAGACAAAACCACUGUCUAUGCAGUGGACACACAGAUGGAAAAUGAUCAAACAACGUCCACAUUCAUGGUCGAGAAGAUCACAGUGUCGGCCGCUGGCCGCUGGUCGUGUCAAGUGAAAAACAAACACUAUCAGGAGGAGAAAGAAUUCAUUGUGAACGUCAAAGUUCCUCCGCAGCCCCAGAAUCCUCCACUGCUGAAUGGCAGCGGCCACCUGUUGCUGCUGGGCAAUAAAGAGCCCUACACCGGAGACGGGCCUAUCACGUCAGUCGAGCUCAUCUAUAAAAAAGCCAGCUCAUCUACAUGGAGAAGCAUUGAGGUGAGCGGCUCUCUGGUGAGGUUGAACAACCUUUCUCCCAUGACCCAGUACACCACACGGGUGCAGCUGAGUCGCCACGGACCGGGAGGAACCGGCCAGCCUGGACCUGAAGCCACUUUCUCCACACAGAUGCUCGAGCUCCCCGUGGGUGUGAAGCUGAGACCCAUCAAUCAGACCGCGCUGCUCCUGUCGUGGGAUGCCGCACCUGCCGAGGCGGACUGGAGUUACGAGGUCAUGUGUCAGCAGGUAGGAGCUUCAGGAACUGAGAGGAGAUUCCAGCUUGCGUCAAACUCCUCCAACCUCCAUCUGAGCGAGCUGAAACCUAGACGAAAAUACCAGUGCAAGUUGAGGUCGUGCAGCAGCCGCGUGGGACAGGCCUGUCCCACCGUCAGUGCCUGGACGCUGAGCGAUCAGCUUCCUCCUCCUCCUGCCAACAUCUCCACCUGUAACAUCAGUGACUCCUCAGCCGACAUCACCUGGUCAGUGGCCGAGGGUCACUCCAUCUCCAGAACCAUGAUCCGUUACCAGCAGACGGAGCAGACGGACUACAGUCAGCAGGUGGAGCUUGGUGUGCAGGACCAGACCAACAUGCGCUUCCAGCUCAGGGGUCUGAGGGCCGAAUACCAGCUGGAGCUCUGGAGCGUCAACAACAUGGGAGAGAGCGUGGAGAGACCGCAGAUCACCCUCAAGAUGCUGACACCUCAGGAGAGCUCACAGCUGCACGGGUUCCAGGCUCAUGGUAACAUGCUCUUUUAUGCGAUCCUGGGCUCCGCCGGCAUGACAUGCAUCACUAUCCUGCUGGCCUUCUGCAUCGUCCUGCAGCUCAAGAGAACCACUUUCCAGAGACGCAUGGUGCAGGCCUUCCACAACAUAGCGAGAGAGGAGCCUGUGGUCCAGUUUAGCUCUGUGCCGCUGAACGUGCCCAAAAAAGUUCUCAACUCCAGCCAGUCUGUGGCCUAUCCUACCCUGGAGUGGAGCGAUAUCAAGUUCCAGGAUAUAAUUGGAGAGGGAAACUUUGGGCAGGUGCUGAAAGCCCGCAUUAAGAAAGACGGCCUGAGGAUGGAUGCAGCCAUCAAAAGAAUGAAAGAAUAUGCAUCUAAGGACGACCACAGAGACUUUGCUGGGGAACUUGAGGUCUUGUGUAAACUAGGUCAUCAUCCGAACAUCAUUAACCUUCUGGGAGCGUGUGAACACAGAGGUUACCUGUAUCUGGCCAUUGAAUACGCUCCUCACGGAAACCUGCUGGACUUCCUGCGUAAGAGCCGUGUGUUAGAGACGGACCCUGCCUUUGCCAUCGCUAACAGCACUGCAUCCACACUCUCCUCGCAGCAGUUAUUGCACUUUGCUGCAGAUGUGGCACAUGGCAUGGACUACCUGAGCCAGAAACAGUUUAUCCACAGAGAUCUAGCAGCCAGAAACAUCCUGGUCGGAGAAAGCUUUGUGGCAAAGAUCGCUGAUUUUGGCCUGUCCCGAGGUCAGGAGGUAUACGUGAAGAAGACCAUGGGGCAUCUGCCAGUGAGAUGGAUGGCCAUUGAAUCUCUCAACUACAGUGUUUACACUACCAACAGUGAUGUGUGGUCAUAUGGCGUGUUGCUCUGGGAGGUGGUCAGCUUAGGUGGAACGCCGUAUUGCGGCAUAACGUGUGCGGAGCUGUACGAGAAGCUCCCGCAGGGCUAUCGGCUGGAGAAACCGCUCAACUGUGACGAUGAGGUGUAUGAGCUGAUGAAGCAGUGCUGGAAGGAGAAACCUUACGAGAGACCUUCAUUCGCUCAGAUCUUGAGGUCACUCAAUCGUAUGCUGGAAGAGAGGAAGACGUACGUCAACACGACGCUCUAUGAGAAGUUCACAUACGCCGGCAUUGACUGUUCUGCAGAGGAAGCCGGCUAAUUCUUCGCUGUUACUGUACAAUCUCAGAGCACUUCAUGAACGGUUAAUUUGAUCCUCUGAGCAGGAUUCACAGUUUUACACACAUUGUGUUUCAUUAGUAAAUGACUAUUGGAUCAUAUUUCUUUUAUGUUGUGUGAGAUGAUGAAUGCAGAUACUCACAGAUGUGUGACGUAUGUAUAUUUCAUUGUUUUUAAUAAAAACCUGUCUUUGAUACUGUGAGCCAGCUUGUUUCUAAAUGUACAUACUGUUUUGUGCAAAAUAGACCUGUAAUGGAAAUGAAUGAGUCCUAAAAAAAAGCUCUUGAAAAGCUUCUAUUUUUAGAACCAUUACUGCAUUACUGACAAAUAAGAGUUCAGUGUGUAAUUAUGUGUACAGGAUACAGGAAUUGGUUGGACAUCUUUUUAAAGUGUGUGCAAAUGUUUGCUGUGACGUUGGCAAGUGAGUAAAUUUAUUGGCCAUAAAACUGUUUCUGGUUCCUGUCUGCGUGCUGCUGAGUGGUUUGUGAUUGUAGCUCUGUGUAGCUUCGCUUUUCUGUUGAAUCUCUAUUUACUAUCACUCUGUUGUCUAAAGUGAUAAAAUA